AUGAUUCAGUCCAUGUUUAUCCUGACUGCAAACGGCGAGGUGAUCAUUGAAAAGCACUGUCGAGGCCUCACGAGUCGCAACGUGUGUGACUUCUUCAUGGAGGAGGUCAACAAGUACCGCGAGCGUGAAGACGUUCCACCCAUAAUAACCACAAGUAAAUACUUUCUCGUCAGCGUUUUUCGCGAUGAUCUAUUUGUGCUUGCUGUUGUCACCAACGAGAUCUCUCCUCUCUUUGUGAUCGAAUUCUUGCACCGAGUGCUUGCAGUCUUCCGAGAUUACUUCGGCAAUUUCGACGAGAACUCGAUGAAGGACAACUUUUCGACAGUAUACCAGCUACUGGAGGAGAUGCUUGACAACGGUUAUCCGCUUACCACGGAGCCUAACGCUCUUAAGGCCAUGGUGGCUCCUCCCUCAACAGCGAAUCGUAUUGCUGCUAUGGUUUCAGGUAAAUCACGAGUCAGCAAUACGCUGCCCGACGGCGCCAUUUCCAACAUCCCGUGGCGAAAGAGUGGCGUUCGCUACACGCAAAAUGAAAUAUACUUUGAUAUUGUGGAAGAAAUUGACGCCAUCAUUGAUGUGUCCGGUCGCAUGAUUUCGUGCGAGGUUAACGGAGUCAUUCAAAGCAACAGCCGUCUCUCGGGCGUCCCCGAUCUGACCAUGGUGUUCACUGAUCCUUCAGUGAUCGACGACUGCUCAUUUCAUCCAUGUGUGCGGUAUUCGAGGUAUGAGCGCGAACGAGUGAUUUCGUUUGUCCCACCUGACGGACAAUUUGAGCUCAUGCAGUACCGCGUGCAGGUUCAAGAGCUCGUGCCGCCUGUUUAUUGUCAACCACAAAUAACAUAUAAAGACAAGGGCGGUACACUUGAUCUGGUCAUAGGCACUCGUGGUAUGCCUACGCUCAAUUCCAAUGCUAAGAAGAGCUUACAGGUCGAAAAUGUCACUGUGGAGGUGUCGUUUCCAAAGAGCGUGCGCACGGUAGACGUGAACACAGAGUAUGGUUCGUGCCUUUUUGAUGAGACUACUAAGACGGUCAAGUGGAAUGUAGGCAAAUUGGGUAAAAAAGUGUUGAAUCCGUCGCUGCGAGGCAAUAUUAUUCUUCAUCCGAGUGCUUUAGUACCAGAUGAAAAACCUAUUGUGGUCUUGGGGUUCAAAGUGCCUAUGUCAACUGUCUCGGGCCUGAAUGUGGAAACGCUGCUGAUCACCAAUGAAAAGUACAAGCCGUACAAAGGUGUGCGAACGAUGACGAAGGCUGGACGUUUUCAGAUACGGACGUAG